AUGGUGGUCUCGGAUUUGGCAACAUCGCAACGUUUACGACAAUUCCGCCGUCAGCUUGGCGGUGUUGCCGAUGAAAACACCUUUGACAGUGCUGCUCAAAGGUUCGAAAGCCUGGUUACGAACGAACUUCCCACUGCAGAUGAUCCGCUCCAAUUCCUCGCUAUUAUUUUACAACUGAAGAAAUCGGAAGAAACCGAGACCAAAGCCUUCGAGGACGUAAACGAGUUGGCCUUCACAGAUAGAGAAAAAACCGAACGUGAUCGGUUAGCUGCCCUAUACGACACACGGCAAGAUGAACGAAAACGAUUGACUUUGACAUAUAUGUACUCCUAUCACGACUACUUAAAUGCCUUGUUUCGUCAACUUGAAGACAAAGCUAUACAGCUCAUUAAUAAUAGAUCGCUUGAAGAGCUGCAAGCGUUCAGUGACGGGGAAUGGAAACGAUGGAAGGAAGCCGUCGGAGAGUUAGAAAGCGUCCUUGAUGCCUCGAUGCGAGUGCGAUUCCGCCCCGAAUUUGCUGAUUUGCAGAGGAAAGCGUUCUCACUUGAUAGUAAAAUCGCUAGAACAAUCGCCAACUCGGCUAAAUAUCGUCGACACGAAGAGAAAUUGGCCAUCAAGUUAACACAGUUUGAAGCUUGGCUGAAGGCUAUGGAAGACGACCUGAAUAUGGUCGAGUCUAUGCCUGAAAGUGACGAGCAGACGGCGCGACUGGCUCAGCUGCUCUCCAACUGUAUGAGUCAUCAGAGGCUGGUCAGCAAGUUGGAGCGGCUAAGUGUUCCGAAUCGGGAUCACAUAGCUCACCUGUGCCAAAAAUACUAUGAAAUAGUGUCUAGAUUAAAACGCUACAAUAUAGAAGAGGGUUCAUUACCCUUACAUAUUAGAACUCUUAUUCAAGCUGCCCCAUCACAAUCUCAG